AUGCACGCAGUGUUUGGUCUUCUCGUCUUUGAAUCACUUAAUGGUCCUUUUGGUCCUAGCUGCGCUCUGGUGAAGCAUCUCUGGCGUCGUCCUGACCUUGCGUUCUCUGCUCGGAAGGUAGGAUAUUCAAUUUACGAUUGUCACCGGGAUCGGUUCGAUCGUAAAGAUGAGAGUCAUAGGUAUGACAGUGAAGAUGAGAGCGAUGAGGAGGACAGCUACAAGGACAAGGAGAUCAUCGAGGAAAUGGCCAAUGAAGUAAGCAGCGGGAGGGACUGGUUCUGGUGGCAGGGCCACCUCAAGAAGCGAUGCGACGAUGCCUGGCUAGCCGUGCUGCUAGCUCGUCUAACUCACCUCGAAAGCCUCACUUUGGAUCCCUGA